AACACCCCAAAAUUAUUCUCGUCUCGCCUCUUCCCCUCGUCACAGAACGUUCGCCGCCGCCGCCGACCCAUGGAGCCCGCGGAGCCGACGCGCGGCACCAAGCGCCCCCUCGCCGGCGAUGACGACGACGCCGGCCAGGCUCAUGUUGAUUUUGUGUCGCUCGCCGCGCUCGCAGGGAGCGCAAGCCGCGGUUCCCCAAGGGGAAGAAGGCCAAGCACCGGGCCGCCGGUGCGGAGGGAGGCCCCUCCGCCUCCGCCGCCGUGGACAUCGACAGCAUGUUGAACCCGGAGCUCGCGGCGGAGCGGCGCGCGCGGCAGCGCCACGGCCAGCUCCGGGAUGGGGACGACGCCAAGGGAGGCGCCGCUGACAUCAAGGGUUUCGAAGUCCACUACAACGAUGGUGUUAACUUUGUUGAUGAUGGCAUCCGAAUAGAGCCUUUUAACCUGGAGCGAGAGAGGGAAGAAGGGUACUUUGAUGAGAAUGGGAACUUUGUGGAGUAUGCAAGAGGCAACGAGAUCAAGGAUGCCUGGUUGGAUAGUGUGGAAGUUGACCCAACCUUUGCUGCAAAGGUACAGAAAAAAGGCAAAGAGAAAGUAGAGGAGUUUGAAGAUCUCUCCUCUGAUGACAUUGGUAGGAUAAAAAGGCAGAUAGCAAACAUGCUCGAACCAGGAGAAACGAUAAUGCAAGCUUUGAAAAGGUUGAAGGGUACAUCAACGGAUAAACGUGGAAAGAUGAGUGAGGGUACUAAGCGUAUAUUUGAUGAGUUGACCGAAGCUGCCAUGAAGCUAAUGGAGAAUGGCGACUACAAUGUUUAUUCAGAUGAUCGGGAGACCUUUGAACGUGAGGCUGUGGGGUAUGAACGUUUGGCACGUGCUCGACUUGGUUUGCCAGAAGUUGAAGAUGCUUCUACGGACACAAAAGAUAACCGGGCGCCAUCGCCCAUACUGGAGGUGAACCAACCGUCGUCCAUACUGGAGAUGAACCAACCGUCGUCCAUACUGGAAAUGGACCUUGGUGCUUCAACUGCCAAUAUAUCUACAGCUACUGCUGCAUUUAAUGAUGAUGACAGUAACCUUGACAUGUUUGGUGAUGAUGACAACGAUGAUGUCAAACGUAGUUCGGGUGUCAAUACUGUAGGUUCAGGUCCGAAUCCUGGGCCAGUUCCUCAGGGUACUCUGGGAACCUCAGGUGUGGAGAAAGCUGAUAAUGGAAGCGUGGACUCGGACUAUGUCUAUGAUCCUUCUUCAGGUUACUACUAUAGCAGUAGCACAGGCUAUUACUAUGAUCCUAAUUCUGGAUUUUAUGGCUCUGCAUCUACAGGAACCUGGUACUCAUACGACGAGCAAACUGGAGCAUACAAAGAAAUACAGGAUGAACAAACUGGCGUAGUCAAAGAAGAGCUGGGAGAUGCCAUCAAGGAGUAGCCUAGUUGCCUGCCCUGCUUGCUCUUAUCACCUAUGGAGCUAGGUUAGAGUUCACAUGCGCCAGUGUUCUUUAGAGGGAAUUGUAGCUUCAGUUUUGCAGUUGCCAGCUAUGAAGGAAUGGCAUCAUAGUAUUAUGGGAGAAACCAAUCGGAUGAUACUGUAGGUUGUAAACUAAGGCGACCCACUGGACAGUUGCAAUGUUUCUCUCUUGUAACUGCAGCUUAUUUUACAUGUCCGUUGUUCUUCUCGUAGAGAUCUGUAUCAUGAAAGGAUACAUUGCAGAAUAUA